AUGUCGUCUUUAGCUUAACCAGAAAAUUUGAAUUAAGUUGAUUUUAAUUAAAAUUUGAAUGAUAAAAAAGGUAGUUUUACGAUAGAAGAUACUCAUAAAACCAUAGAACGGUAUUUGAAAAGUGCUGGUGGAUUUAAUAGAUACUAAAAAUAUAUACUUUUUUUCUUUGUUUUGAUCUUAAUUGAAAUAUCAAUGCUUAUGCUUAGCGCUACUUUUAUUUACCUUCCUCCUAAAUUUUUAUGCUAAAGCAAUCCUGAUAAUCCCUAAAACGAAAUAUGCGAUGAAAAUGAUGGUGGCUGCGAUAAAUAAAUCUUGGAUCCUGAUUAAAAAAGUACUUAUUCAAUAUAGUUUGACAUGUAUUGUAAUAAUUCUAAUAUAAGAGACUUGGCUUGCUCUAUGCUUUUUGUAGGAAGCAUUUUUGGCAACAUUUUAUUAGGUAUUGCGGGAGAUAUAUAUGGACGUAAAUUGGUUUUACAGAUUUCGUGGUUUAUAUCAAGCAUGUGCACAAUUGGAAUUGCGUUUACCUACAGCUAAAUUGUAUUAAUUAUUAUGAAUUUUAUAGUUGGUUUCUUUUCUUGGCCAGUUCUGAAUCUACUUUUGUUACUGCUAAAUGAAGAAACAUCAGAAUAAUACAGGUAGAUGGCGAGUUUGAUGUUGAUGAUAGCUUGGGCAAUUGGAGAAAUCUUGCUCUCACCAAUUGCAUAUCUUAUUUAGGAUUUCAGAAAUAUGAUAAUCUUUUGGAUCAUGAUUCCUUCUUUAGUUCUAAAUAUACCUUUAAUAUUCGUUAUUGAAUCACCUAGUUAUUAUAUUUCAAGGAAUAAUAUAGACAGUGCUAUACUUUCCCUUAAGAAGAUUUCAAAAUUCAAUAAAAAAGAGCUAAUAAUUUCAGAAACAUUUUUGGGAGAUGAUUUUGAGAAUGAAAAAAAGCCUGAAGAUAACUUACUUUUUAAUUUUCUGGCAUUAUUCAAGUACAAAUCUCUUAGAAAGAUCACUGUAGCUUCAUGUACAGUUAUGAUGACUAUUCAAGUCUUCUACUUCGGCUGUUAAUUCGCUCUUUCUGGAAUCGGUUAUGACUUGUAUUUGAAUCAGCUAGUAGCUGGAACGGGAGAACUAAUUACUUUAAUUAUAAGUAACUUUAUAAUACCGAAAUUCUUAAGAAAAAGAAGUAUUAUUAUAGCAACUUUUUUGUCUAUCUUAAUUUGCUUGAGCUAUUCGAUUGUAAAAAAUAACGAAACAUAAACAGCCUUUAUUGGUCUUUUAAGAGUUUCUAAUAUAUUCUAGCUUGGUAUAUUCUAAGUUUAUAUUCCUGAACUAUAUCCUACAUAAGUAAGAUCAGUAGGAGCUGGUAUUAUUUUUGGCUUGGGCAACUUCGGAAGUGUAGUCGCUCCAUAUGUUGUUUCAAAGGCUGAUUCAAUAGGCUUAGGAUAAAUGGUAUUUGUAGGAAUAAUUGGAGUUUUGGGUCUGGUAGCAUCUAUAUUUUUAAGAGAGACAUUUAAUAAACCUCUAUAAGAUUAAAUAGAGGAGCUUAAAACUAAAGAAUAGACAGAAGAGCCUUACAGCAGUGCUGAAUCCGAAUAGUGA